GUUUCCCAAGGGGUGCAAGUGCACCUCCCUGCCGGCGCCCAUGUCACCAACAUUUGAAAUACUAAAACGUUCUCUAAAAACGCAGCAUCUGCAAGAAUUAUGCCGAUCGGUUCACUAGUUUUCGCAGUAUAACCGAAAGAAUAAACCUGCCAUACGUUUAAUAGUGUAAUAUAGAUUCUUGAUAGAGGCUCUGACGUCACAGAAAACCCCGUGCAUAAUGGCUUGUUUAAAUAGUCGUGCAAACCCAAUACCUUCAAUGUUAUUAAAAUACUAUUACUAAUUGUAUGUGCUACCUAUUGAUAAGUUUGAAGUCGGUGCCAAGCCCUAAACAAAAUAAAAGUUCAGUUUCCAUUCUCGAUAAUUCAUUCUAAAUGUACCAUCUGUGUGUACCGGAAAUAGUUAUAAAUUAUGAAAACAAAAACAAAUGUGUGAUUGUCCUAAAAUUAGUGAGUUUCAUUUUCGAGGUCGUGUUUGUUAAUUGUUUACUGAUAAGUUAGGAUAAACAGACUGUACAUAGCUAAUAGCUAUUAAUUUAUUAAUCUAAUAGCGAAUAAUUAAAUAACAUGCUUAUAUCUUAUUACUUCAUGAAUAAGAAUGAUAUUCAUGUGGUAUUGUAUUGGAUCAACACCUUGUUGACACGGUUGUCACUUAUAGAUAAAACAAGCUACAAAAGUAAAUAGUACAAUGGAAAAUAAUAUAUUUAAUGUUCUUAUUGGAGUUACCGGUAGUGUCGCUGCCAUAAAAAUACCUAUAUUGGAAGAGACUAUAGAAGAAUUAAAUAAGUCAAAUAAAAAUUAUCAGAUUAAGCUACAUAUAAUUACCACAGAACAUGCUAAGCAUUUCUUUGAUAUUAAUCGCCUAAAAUGUGAUACUUAUGAAGAUGCUGUAGAAUGGAGUACUUGGAGGAAAUUAGGAGAUUCAGUAAUGCAUAUUGAGUUGGGGAAACUAGCUGACUUGAUGGUUAUAGCACCAUUGGAUGCCAACACUCUUGCAAAAAUUUCUGUUGGAAUUUGUGAUAACAUACUUACAAGUACACUACGAGCAUGGGAUCUGAAAAAACCAGUACUAUUCUGUCCUGCAAUGAACACUAGGAUGUGGGAGCACCCUGUGACCUCAAUACAAAUUGGUGUCCUGAAGGGAUGGGGCUAUGAAGAGAUUCCACCAAUCAGUAAGACCCUGGCUUGUGGAGAUACAGGUGUAGGUGCUAUGGCAGAGGUUCACACAAUAGUUGAGAGAAUUAAAUUAAUUGCUGAUAAAAAGUUUUCAUGUAUAAAAUUAAUUUGAAAAAUUUAUAAAACAA